AUUGUUCGGGGAUGGCACCAGCGGCGGCGUAUAACGGUUACUUUUUUUGUUUCCCAAGUAUUUUCAUUUGAUUUUCAAUGAACAGAAAUCUCAAAUUUUUAUUUAUUUCCACUUACAGCAUGGAAAGAACAAUUAAUUCUCAAAACAAAUCGCACAGGGCUUUCCUUUUCCCUCCCUAAACCAUUCCUUGCUCUCUCCUCUUGCCUCCCAUCAAGAUUCCAUAUUCUUCAAGAUGCUUAGGCCUUUCUCCCUCUUCUCUCGCAGCAAGAAACCCUCAACCAUCGCUUUCAAAGAUUACUACAUUAACUGGUUCACCACUCUCAAGAACACCCUCCUCCCACUCCUCCACCAAUCCCUAUCCUCUCCCACAUCUCCGGCUCUCCUCUCCUCCCAUAUCAACCUCCUUCUCCACCACUUUCUCUCCUAUUAUGACUCCCUCGACCUCGCUGUUACCACGGAUUCCAACAAUCUUCCUUACCUUCUUUACCCUUCCUGGAGAAACUCCCUCGAAAAGCCCUUCCUUUUUCUUGGUGAUCUCCACCCGUAUAUCUUCACCAACCUCCUCCGCUCAUUCCUCGAUAAAGAAAACAACUAUGAUGAUGAUUUCGAAAAUGGGGUAAGGCCCUGGCAGGCUAUGAUGGCAUGGAAGGACCCUUCAAAGAGUUUGAUAAUCAAGAUUGGGCAGAUUGAGCGUGGACUGAGGUUGAUGGUGCCCGAUCUUGUGGACAGAAUCAAAAGGGCACAGGCAGGGUUUGUGAGGAGAGUUGCAGAGGAUUGGGUGAUUUAUCAGGGAAAUAAAGAAAAGAUAGAGGUUGACGGGGCAAUGAAGGUGGAAAUGGAGGAGUUGGCAAGUGUUUUUAAGGAUGCUAAUCGGUUGAGAAGGAGUAUAAUAUCAGAGAUUGUUGGUGCGUUGAGCACAUAUCAGGGGGCUCUCUUUCUUGAAGCUUUGGCCAAAUUUCUUAUUGGGUUUAAGGACCCUACUUUUCUUCGCGAAUUCGAAAGGUGCAAGGCUCCUAUCAGUAAGCAAAAUCUCAGCAAUGGGUUUUGACUCGAUUUACCUUCAUUCUUUAGUUUCUUUUAUUCAGGAAUUUUGCAGGAUAGUUGAAUGGCCAAGUGGAUCUCCAGGGUCAGUUAUUCAAUGCCUAAUUCCAAUUUCUUAGUUUGUUAUUGGUUCUGCUAGAACCGUACCUUCGACUUGGAAAUCUUGCUGGCAGGAGGACAUUGGUCUUUAGCAAUUAAAGAAAAGGCAUAAUUCAGCAAAUUUAGGUUACUGGCUGCAGGAAAUAUUACUACUAAUACGUUAAAUUUCUAUGUUGUAGGUAGUAUUGCAACUUUAGUUUUUGGAUCGGAUUAGAAAAAAAGCUGUAAAACUUGAAAUGAUAUGAUUUUGGUCACUUGAAUUUGUGAAUAUAAUUAGUGGCUUGAACAACAAAGUCAUGGAGAGUUGCUGUCCAUAUGUGGUUUAGGCAUUGAAAUUAGAUUGGGCCCUGCUAUUGUGUGCAUUGGGUCUACAUAUAAAUAUAUUCCAAUAAGUGACUAUUAUCCAUGGGACGGGCUGCGCCCAGGUAGCCAAUUCCUGCGCACUUCUCUGUCCCAGAAUUCUUAGUUGGGCUACAAAAUCCUGGAGCAUUUUUAAGCACAAUCAAGACAAAUUCAUUUUUAAACAGAGCUCCCGAAUCCCAAUCAUAAGAUGUCAUGAAAUUCCUUUUUCACAUAAUGAUGCCCAAGAAUGCAUAACUCCAUCCCACAUUCAUAAAAAGGGAUUUUAUUUUAUUUUUUUUUUUGUACUUUUGAGUUAGCCCACACAUUCACCAUUUUCGUUUUUCUUCGUUAGUUGCCUCUGGACCUUUAGGCUGUAUUAAAAGCUAUAUCCAAAAUUUCAAAGACAUUGUUUUCUUCAUUAUUUUAUAUAGGUGAAUGAUAUGUACGUCAGAGGAGGGCUAUUGUUUCCAUGACUACUGCGUCCUACUAGCAAUGUGAAUACCAUGGGUAGGUUUUAUCUAAGUUUAGAUUUUUUUUUUAAUGCUGGAUUGAAUUAUUCUAUUGCAAAAGAAGAUUCUUGUGUACAACAUUUCCAAAGUUAGCUCAUC